UCACUUUUGAAUGACAACCUAAUGGCGAAGUCCAAGUUUGCACACCUUACACUUUAUUAUGCUCAAUGGAAAAAAAAAACAAAUACGAAAUGAAAAAUGAUUUGAAUUUAUUUAUGCCAUCGUAUACACUACCCACGUGUUACAGGGGAUGUGUUUGAAUGGACUGAUGUUGUUUCCGCGCUCUACGACCUUGAUUCCUAACCCAAGCCCGGGAGAAUAAUUAGCCCGACCACGGCGCAUUUUAUUGUGAAAUGUGACAGCAGAGGCCCGUCUUUAUAAGUGGGAGGACUCGUUCGACAGAACACCCGAGGUGACUUCUCUCCCCCCUGCGCCGGUGCCUCUCGUCGCCCCGCAGCCAUGCAGAACCCCGCGGAGAAGAAGAGCAGCAGCAGCAGCAGCAGCAGCAGUAGCUCGUUCCUGGUGCUGGAGAACUUCAUCGGAGGGAAGUUCGUUCCCUGCGGGAGUCACGUCGACUCGUACGACCCGUCCAUCGGAGAGGUGUACUGCAGGGUGCCCGACAGCGGGGCGGAGGAGGUAGAGGCGGCGGUGGCGGCCGCCAAAGAGGCCUUCCCCGGGUGGUCCGCGCGCAGCCCCGAGCAGCGCGCGCACGUCCUCCACAAGCUGGCCGACCUGCUGGAGGCCAACCUGGAGGAGUUCGCCCAGGCCGAGUCCAGAGACCAAGGUAAAACGGUAACGUUUGCACGAACUGUGGACAUUCCCCGGUCGGUGCACAACUUCCGCUUCUUUGCGUCGUCGGUGCUCCACCACACCACGGACUGCAGCCAGAUGGACCACAUGGGCUGCCUGAGCUACACCGUCCGCUCCCCUGUGGGAGUAGCUGGUCUGAUCAGCCCGUGGAAUCUCCCCCUGUACCUUCUGACCUGGAAGAUUGCGCCUGCCAUCGCCGCAGGCAACACGGUGGUGGCGAAACCCAGCGAGAUGACCUCCGUGACCACGUGGAUGAUGUGCAAGUUGAUGCAGCAGGCCGGUGUUCCUCCAGGGGUCGUCAACGUCAUAUUCGGCACCGGCCCGAGAGCCGGUGACGCCCUCGUUGGCCACCCCGAGGUCCCAUUGGUCUCUUUCACUGGUUCCACGGCGACCGCCCAGCGCAUCACCGAGCGCAGCGCCCCGUACUGCAAGAAGCUCUCACUGGAGCUGGGCGGUAAAAACCCUGCUAUCAUUUUUGCUGAUGCAAACCUGGACCAGUGCAUCGAGACCACAGUUCGCUCCAGCUUUAGCAAUCAGGGAGAGAUCUGCCUGUGUACCAGCAGGAUUUAUGUGGAGAGGAGUAUUUACCCAGAGUUCCUGGAGAGGUUUGUGGCUGCGGCCAAGAAGUGGAGGACUGGCGCGCCGUCCGACCCCAGCAGCAGCAACGGAGCGCUCAUCAGCAAGGAGCACCUUGAGAAGGUCCGCAGCUUCGUGGCGCUCGCCAAAUCCGAAGGCGGCACGGUCCACUGCGGCGAGGGGGUCGACCGGCUGGACCUCCCCGAGCGCAACGCCAAAGGGUUCUUCAUGCCGCCCACCGUCGUUUCGGGGCUGUCCGACGGCUCCCGCGUCAUGCAGGAGGAGAUCUUCGGCCCGGUCACCUGCGUCGGCCCCUUCGACACCGAGGACGAGGCCGUUUCCAAGGGCAACGGCGUGCGCUACGGCCUGUCGGCCACCGUGUGGUCCCGGGACGUGGGGAAGGUCCACCGGGUGGCCAGGCGGCUGCAAGCGGGCCUGGUGUGGACCAACUGCUGGCUGGUGAGAGAUCUGAACCUGCCCUUCGGAGGGAUGAAGAGCUCCGGCGUGGGGAGGGAGGGAGGGAAGGAUUCGUACCACUUCUUCACGGAGGUGAAGACCAUCACGAUCAAGCAGUGAGGCGAGAGAAGAAGACGGAUCAGUGCGGAGGAAAGUUUGUAGACAACCAUUAAUCUCCUCGGGCAACUCCUAGGAACCCCAGUGACCUUCUGUCGGAUGUCCGGAGCCUAUGAAUAAGUAACUUAAAUCAAAUACAGAAGUCGGAGAAAGUCAAAGUAGAGAAAUACAGAUGGGUGAAUAAACGGAUACAAAUGUAUGAAGAAAGAAAAUACACCAGUCUUUGUACCUUUUUCAUUCGUUCUUUGCUGAAUGUUUUGAAGCACCAUCUUUUUACUAUUGAGCAAUUUAAAGGAUUCCGAAGUGUGCGUUAGUUGUCAUUAUAUAACGGGAAUCCAGAUGAGGCCGAUCAAUCCAACAUCCUCUUCAAGAGAAAGCGUACAAACACUGAUAUCAAUAAAUCAAAUCUAUAAACGUAGUAAAUAAAUCCCACUUGUGGAAGUUCCAUCUGUUUGUUUUUGUCAUGGUUACAUUUUUUUAACGCUGUCAUGGUGUUUGGGGAAAUGAGGUCAGUCAAAGAGAUUUCAGAUUCUUAGAGAGUAAACGGGCCUGCCGACCGAUUGACUUUUCCGCGUUUUAGAUCUCGAUCAGCACACUUUGUACUUAGUGGGUGUCGUGGUGUCCAUGUUGCCCCGAGCAAUCGGUCAAAGUCUUGGUUUCAGGAUGGAUUCGCUGACACUGUGUUACAUGGACUUGUUUUU